AGUAUAAAGGCCGUCGCGGUGGCGGUGGCGGCGCAGAGCUCGGUGCGCCCGGCUGCCUGAACUCUGGGACCGCGGGAGGCUCCCGGAGCGCAGUCUCGCCAGCCGCGCUCGCGUAGUUCGGCCGCGCAACCAGGCUUGCAAAGCGACAUUCCUCUUUUCUCUUUCUCUCUCCCUCCUGACUCCUGAGAUGACGGCUCUGGGCGCGAUGGGAGCUGCCCCGGUCUUGAUUGCCCUGGUAGCGGCUGCUCUUUGCGGCCACCCUCUGCUCGGAGCGAGCGCCACCUUGAACUCGGUUCUUGUCAAUUCCAACGCUAUCAAGAACCUGCCCCCACCUCUGGGCGGCGCUGCAGGCUCGGCCGUCAGCGCCGCGCCUGGCGUUCUGAUUGAGGGCGGGAAUAAGCACCAGACCAUUGACAACUACCAGCCGUACCCGUGCGCCGAGGACGAGGAGUGCGGCACCGAUGAGUACUGUGCGAGUCCCACCCGCGGAGGGGCCGCGGGCGUGCAAAUCUGUCUCGCCUGCAGGAAGCGCCGGAAACGCUGCGUGCGUAACGCUAUGUGCUGCCCGGGAAAUCACUGCAAAAACGGAAUAUGUAUGCCUUCUGAUCAUAAUCAUUUCAAUCGAGGAGAAAUCGAGGAAACCAUCGUGGAAAGCUUUGGAAAUGAUCACAGCAUCCCGGAUGAUCAGUCCAGAAGAACCACACUACCUUCAACAAUCUAUCACACCAAAGGACAAGAGGGUUCUGUCUGUCUCCGAUCUUCAGACUGUGCCACAGGGUUGUGUUGUGCCAGACACUUCUGGUCCAAAAUCUGUAAGCCUGUCCUCAAAGAAGGUCAAGUGUGCACCAAGCACAGGAAGAAAGGCUCCCAUGGGCUGGAGAUAUUCCAGCGCUGUUACUGUGGAGAAGGUUUGUCUUGCCGGAUACAGAGAGAUCACUAUCAAGCCAGUAAUUCUUCGAGGCUUCAUACCUGUCAGAGACACUAAACCAGCUAUCCGAAUGCAGUGGACUUCUUCUAUAGAAUCUAUGCUACAAAACUUUUCAUGAAUUGUAUCAGCUCAACCCUGAGGAUGUACAAACUCUCUGGUUACAGUUAAGCAUUCCAAUAACACCUUCCAAGAAUCUGGAGUGUAAGAGCUUUGUUUCUUUAUGGAACUUUCCUGUCAUUGCAGUAAAUUACUGUGCUGUAAAUUCUCAGUGUGGCACUUAACCUGUAAAUGCAACAAAACUUUUAAUUAUUUUUCUAAAGGUGCUGCAUUGUCUAUUGCUUCUCUUGUUAUGUAAAUUUUUGUACACAUUGAUUAUUAUCUUGACUCUAAUAAAUAUUCUAUAUUGAA